UUUCUAGCAGUGUUUUCUCUCCCAUAUAGAUGAAAUAUCGAGAUAGAGCUGCAGAAAGACGAGAGAAGUAUGGUAUUCCAGAACCUCCAGAACCCAAGCGCAAGAAGCAGUUUGAUGCUGGCACUGUGAAUUACGAGCAGCCCACAAAAGAUGGCAUUGACCACAGUAACAUUGGCAACAAGAUGCUGCAGGCCAUGGGCUGGCGGGAAGGCUCUGGUUUGGGAAGAAAGUGUCAGGGGAUCACAGCUCCUAUUGAGGCUCAAGUCCGGCUAAAAGGAGCUGGCCUAGGAGCCAAAGGCAGCGCAUAUGGGUUGUCGGGUGCCGAUUCCUACAAAGAUGCUGUUCGGAAAGCCAUGUUUGCCCGUUUCACUGAGAUGGAGUGAGACUGAAAGGUGACAAGGAAUAUAAGAAGUGGUCCAUCUCUUGAAUUUAUUCUUACGGCCUGUCUCUUUAAGGGCAUACCUUGUGCUGUUAAUAGUUCUUAGGGUGAACCACUUCAUUCUGUAGGAGUUCCCCUUAUGUGGGUUGUCUGGAGAAUGGCCUUCCUUCCCACCAGAAGGCUUGUGAACAGACCAGAGAGGACAGUGGUUUUUUUUUAUACUCCAUUGUACAUAGUGUAAUGUAGUGUGUUUUACAUGUGUAGCCUAUGUUGUGGUCCAUCAGCCCCUCACAUUCCUGGGGGUUUGAGAUGUCCUUGGUGGUUUGACACCAAAGCCACCUCUGUUGUUUGUCAUUGUGAUGUCUUUUCUGGGCAAGAGCCUUGUGUAUAUUUGUAUAUUAUACAUUUGUACAGAAUUUUGGAAGAUUUUCAGUCUAGUUGCCAAAUCUGGCUCCUUUACAAAAGAAAUACCUUGGAAAAUGGG